AAAGCUCCUAGUUACUCUGAUCUGUACUCAUUCCCCGAGAUUCACUUGUCAUAGCAGCAAUGGCAUCUAAGUUGGUAGUAGUACUCGCCGCCCUGGUCGCCGUGGCCCACAGCUCAGUGGUGCCGGUGGCGCACGUCGCGGCAGCAGACACCGACUACACUAGCUUCGCCUACGACGUCGCGGACCCCUACACCGGCGACUACAAGAGCCAACACGAGACCCGCGUCGGCGGUGUUGUUAAAGGACAAUACUCGCUGUUGGACGCUGACGGUACCAAGCGCACUGUGGACUACGCUGCUGAUGAUGUGAAUGGAUUCAACGCGGUCGUGCGUAAAGACCCCGCUGUUGUUGCUGCGCCUGUGGUUGCCGCCGCGCCGGUAGCUGCGGUUGCUCCCGCUGUUGUUGCCGCGCGCACGGUUGCAGCACCCGCUGUGGUUGCCGCCCGCACCUACGCUCCUGCUUACUACGCUGCGUCAGCCCCAGCCUACACUGCAUCUGCCCCAGUCUACGCUGCUCGUACUUACGCCGCACCUGCACUCUACGCUGCCUCUGCCCCAGUGGUUACCCGUACAGUUGCUGCUCCCGCGGUCUACGCUGCCUCUUCUCCAGUCUACGCCUCCCGCAUCGCCACCCCUACAUACUACGCUUCCGCCCCUUCAGUCUAUGCUGCCCAUACCUAUGCUGCCCCUAGCGUAGUCGCCUCUCCUUCAGUAUACGCCUCAGCUCCCUUGGUACGCAGUUAUGCCGCUCCCUACUACAACUCCUACGGCAUCAAAUCCCUCCCCCUUAACUACUGGUUCGUCGUAGUACUCGCCCUGGUGGCUGCGGUCCACAGCUCCGUCCUGGUGAAGGUAGACGGCGACUCCUCCAGCUUCUCAUACGAUGUAGCCGACCCCAACACCGGUGACUACAAGAGUCAAACCGAAACCCGUGUAGGAGGAAACGUGGUUGGACAGUACUCUCUAGUAGACCCUGACGGUACCCAAAGGGUUGUUGACUACACUGCCGAUGAUGUUAAUGGAUUCAACGCUGUUGUACGCAAGGAACCUCUGGCUAAGACCGUUGUUGCCGCAACUCCUGUUGUUGCUGCUGCUCCCGCUGUUGUUGCCGCGCGUACUGUAGUUGCUGCUACUCCUUCAGUCGUUGCUUCUCCCACCGUCUACGCUUCAUCGGCGCCAGUGCUCUCUCGUUCCUACUAUGCACCCUCAGUGUACAGUGCUGUCCCCUCAGCAUACAACACUGUAUCUUCACUCAUCGUCACAUUAAACGAUAUCAUUCAACAGGAUUCACUAACAGAAGCAGCAAUGGCAGCCAAGUUCGUCGUAGUUCUCGCCCUAGUGGCCCUGGCCCACAGCUCAGUGGUCCCAGUCGUAGACGAUGAAGCUACCAGCUUCUCAUACGACGUCGCCGACCCUCUCACUGGUGACUACAAGAGUCAAUCUGAAUCCCGCGUUGGAGGAGUUGUUAGGGGACAGUACUCUUUGGUAGACCCUGAUGGCACCAGACGCGUUGUUGACUACACUGCUGAUGAUGUUAACGGAUUCAACGCUGUAGUGCGCAAAGAUCCUCUGGUUGCCAAUGUCGCGUCUCGCACUGUAGUGUCUCCAGUCAGCUCUGUUGUCUCAGCUCCCGUCUACUCUGGCGCGUACCCGUCAGUGUACUCCGCUGUACCCUCAGUAUACUCCAGUGUAUACCCUGGUUACUCUAACUACGGAUACCCCACCGCCCGUCUCGGCUAUUGGUAA